AUGUCGCAAGCAGACGUGAAUAAAGGUAUCGAGAUUAUAAACAAAACCGAGGAGCUGGCCGAUAAGAUCCUGGCCAACAAGCAGGAGCUGACUGUCAUGGACAAGCGUCGCCAGCAGAAUCGGGAGGCAUUGCGUCUGUUGGAAAAGUCAGAGGAGCCAAAAGUUUGGAUUACCGUGGGCAGCAUGCUGGUCAAGAUGAAGCUGGAAAAAGCAACGCAGCUGCUCAAGAAAGAUCAGCAACAAAUAGAACAAGAAAUCAAUAAGAUUUAUUCCGAGCAAAAGAUUUUGGUUAACAGACAUCGCGACGUGGAAUACAGAUCCCCCUUUUCGGGCACCCACUUAAAGCCCUUGGCUCGCAAGGAAUUUGACGCCUUAAAAGCAAAUUUGCCUAUGCUUUAAUUAAUACUAAGCUAAGUUAUAGUUUAAAUAGUAAUAAAGUUUAUUUCUAAACA